AUGCUUUCACUGCCGUUUCUUGCGCCGCAAGAUUCCCACGAACUUUGGUUCGGUCCCUCGAAUCCCUACCGCUCCUCCUCUCAACAUCCGAGCUCCGAAGCACAUCUCAACCACCCACAUCGCCGCACCAAUGCCCAAACAACAACCUCCUCCUCAUCCUCCAACCCGCUCCGCCGUAGCGAAGCUUUCCACGCCUUUCGCACCUCCGAUCUAACUCUCUCCACGCUCCAGACCGAAGAGCGCAACCUCCGCGCCCGCAAAACCACCAUUGCCUGCUUCGGGUCCUCCUGGAUCCGCCCGGCGGGAUGUGCCAAGACCAUGCUCGGCAUGAAAGAAGAAGAAGCCGAGCGCGAAGAGGCGCUCGCUGCAUUGGCCGCGGAGCAGGAAGCUGCGGCGAUGGCGGCGGCGGCGGAGGGUAUGACGAUGGGGGAAGGGGAGGAGGGCGGGGAUGAAGAAGGCAUGGAGAGAGAUUUGGAUGAUGAGAUUCCGGAUGCGGAUGCGGAGGAAGGGUUGGUGGAGGAGGGCGAGGAAGGCUUGGAGGAGGAUGAGGAGGGGUAUAUGGAACGGGAUCUGGACGACGAGAUUCCAGAGGGGUAUCCGAAUGAUGGCUAUGGGGAUGAGUCGGGAUUAUAUGCGGAGGAGGUUGAUGAGGAUUUUGAUAAUCAGCCUGAUUUGGACGCGGAUGUUCCUGAAGCGGAGGACGAGGAUGAGGACGAGGACGAGGAGGGAAGCGAGCUGGAUGAGUAUGAAGACGCGGUGGAGGAGGGUGAUAUCACCCGCGAUCUGGACGACGAGAUCCCCGAUGCAGAUGCAGAUGAGGAAGAAGAAGAGGAGGGUGAAUGGCAGCACACAGACACAGAGGAUGAAUACGAGGACGAAGAGAACGAAGAGAACGAAGGACAAAACAUCAGUUCUUCUGGUCCAGGAAGCAUCACACGUCCUCGCACGGGCAAUUUCCGAACCAGCACGCCAAAUAGACAUGGCCUGCCGACACCGCCGUUCAUGCGUCGUCCCCGUCCUAGCGGCGCAGGUGAGACGGAGGCACAACGGCGAUUCAUCAAUCGCUGGAGUGGUGGUGGUGAUGCCUUUGAUUCAAGCAGUAUGCUCUAUGAAGAGGAUGAUCUGCGCGCAUCGAUGACCAGUCAAGGGAGUGGUCGACCGAGUGGAUUUGGCCGACGGUAUCCUCGUCGUAUUGGUGGUCCGCGGGAUAGCCUUAAUUGA